GACCAUUUUGCCUGAUUGUUUUCUAUUCAGUUUUUUUUUUUGCCUGAUUGUAUUCAUCUCUGUGCUCCACGCAGCUCAUCACCUAGCUGCAUGCCUGCAUCCUCCAUGUCCCCAGCCAGCUUGCUGCUGCUGUUCUCAUCCCUCACCCUGGUAGCAGCAGCUAUUUCAGCAGACGAGCAAGGCGGCGGAUCAUGCUCGCCGAGGACAUGCGGCAACGUGACAAUCUCACACCCGUUCGGGUUCGUCCCGGAGCAGGAGACGGACACGAAAUGCGGCCGGCUGGGCUUCGAGGUUCACUGCAGCAACAACACCCCAUACCUCGGCUACUACCGGCGGAAGUACCGGUUCCAGGUGCUCGACAUCUUCUACGGCAACAGCUCCCUGCUCGUCGCCGACGUCCACAAGCUCGACGACUUCCGGAACUCCAGCUCCAAGGGCUGCCAUGUCAUGACAGCCAACACCUCCUCCAAGGUCGGGCAACCUUUCUCGGUCAGCUCCGCCAACCUGAACCUCAUCUUCUACAACUGCACGGCGGAGACGGCGGCGGCGGCGGUGCGGCGAGACGGCGGGCUUGUGGAGACGAAAUGCAGCGGCGGUGGCACGCUUGUUCGCGUCGGAGGGCAUUACAGCGAUUCUGGCAGCUAUGAGGAGUACUCGGUGGAGGGAUGCGGCGCCACCCUCGUGCCGGUGCUGGGGACAUCAUCUGGUGAGGCGAAUGCGAGCAGCUAUGAGGAACUGAUCAGUGAUGGAUUCCUCUUGACAUGGCAGCCGCCGUCCGGUAAGUUAGCUCACUUUUCGAUGCCGCCUCCUACCUUGUUGCUGUUAUUCAUCACCUACCUCGCUUGGGAGAGCCAAGCAUUUAGGACGUCGGCAGAUGCAAAUCCAGAAGAAGGCUGCGCGGCCAGUACUGUAUGUGGCAAGGUGACCAUCUCGUCGCCGUUCGCCGUCGUGCCGGAGCAGGCAACGGAGAGCAAAUGCGGCUGGCUUGGGUUCCAGGUUAUCUGCCGCAACGACACUCCUUACCUCGGCUACUACAAGCUCGGUUACCGGAUCCAGGUCCUCGACAUCUUCUACGGCAACAAUUCAUUGCUCGUCUCUGACGUCCACAAGCUCGGUGGCUUCGAUGUCUUCUCCGGCGCCAGCAAAGAAUACUCCUGCCAUGUUCCGAGGACCAACACCUCCUCCAAGGUCGCCCUCCCGUUCUCCAUCAGCACCACCAAUCUCAACCUCUUCCUGUACAGUUGCAGUAAGGCGCUUGUGCCGCGGGACGGAGACGGCGACCUCGUGGAGACGAGGUGCGGCAACAAGACGUUUGCUCGCGUAGGAGGGAAUUACAGUGAUUCGGGCGACUACCCGGCGUUUUACAUGGAAGGCUGCAAUGCUACCGUCGUGCCGGUGCUGGGCACGGACGCGAGGAGCUAUGAGCAGCUCAUCCGCGACGGCUUCCUCUUGACAUGGCAAGGGCCGCCAUCAUCUGGAAAUAGCAGGAGGUCAAAGCUCAAGUUGAUUGUGAUUGUUUCACUGUCUGCUACAACCAGCUUGAUUCUCACAUGUCUUGUUUGGAUUACAUGUCGUCAGAAGGAAAAGGGCAGUUUAUUAACCCUCCAGAAGUAUGUGGCCAAUGAAUCAAAAAUAGAGGAAGCACUUAAAGAAUAUGAUUCUCUCGCUCCAAAGAGGUAUAACUACUCAGAGCUUAAGAAAAUAACAAGAUCUUUCAAGGAUAAACUUGGACAAGGUGGCUAUGGCAUGGUAUUCAAAGGCAUCCUACAAGAUGGCCGCAUUGUAGCAGUGAAGCUCUUGACAGGAACAAAAGGCAACGGGGAGGAGUUUCUGAACGAGGUAAUCAGUAUAGGUAGGACAUCUCAUGUGAAUAUUGUCAGUCUGCUUGGUUUUUGUUUACAAGGAUCUAAGCGAGCACUUGUUUAUGAAUAUAUGGCCAAUGGUUCAUUGGAUAAUUAUAUUUAUUCAGAAGAAUCAAAAAUUGUCGUUGGAUGGGGAAAAUUGCAACAAAUAGCAAUUGGCAUUGCACGUGGAUUGGAAUAUUUGCAUUGCAGGUGUAAUACACGUAUAAUCCAUUUUGAUAUCAAGCCCCAGAACAUCCUUCUAGAUGAGGACUUCUGCCCUAAAGUUGCGGAUUUUGGAUUGGCAAAACUGUGUCGCCUCAAGGAUAGUGCCCUCUCAAUGGCUGAAGCAAGAGGUACAGUUGGAUUUAUUGCCCCAGAAGUAUUUUCUAGAGGUUUUGGAGUUGUGUCCACUAAAUCAGAUGUAUACAGCUAUGGUAUGCUACUGCUAGAAUUGGUAGGAGGAAGGAGGCAUGCUAAUGAAUUAACUACCAGCCAUUCCACUGGAAAUUAUUUUCCCAACAGGAUUUAUGAUUGUUUAGUGAAAGAUUUGCAAACUCAUGCAAUCAUUACUGAGGAGGAAGAGAUUGCCAAAUUGAUGACAUUAGUUGGUUUAUGGUGUAUACAAACUAACCCAGGGAAUCGCCCUUCCAUUAGUAGGGUCAUAGAAAUGCUGGAGAAGAACAUCAAUGAAAUGGAAGUGCCACCCAAACCAUUCCUGUCAUGACUCAUGUCCCUACCAUGUAUCAUUCUUUUUCUUUUUCUUUUUUGUCUUAACAAUAUAUCUGUGCGGAACUGCGGAUUAUACAUUGCAUGUGUUCCAUAACUGAAGUACUGAACGCAUGAAGUAUAUUGUUGGUGGACAGAGUUUACUUCUAACAAUCUUGUUGCUUCACAAGUCAAUACUGCAGGUGAAUGCUGCUUCACUUUUUA